AUGGGAAAUGCGUCUGAAACAUUUCUGCUUGUGUCCAGAAUAUCAAAAGACCUUGACUUCCUCAUGGGAACUAUCUACAUCAUUUUUGGGAUGCUAUCGGUGGUGGGAAAUGGUAUCCUGAUGUUUGUGGCCUAUAGGAAGAAGUCCUCCCUGAAGCCGGCAGAGUUCUUUGUGGUUAACCUGGCUAUCAGUGACCUGGGCAUGACCAUAACCCUGUUUCCACUGGCUAUCUCCUCAGCCUUUACUCACAUGUGGCUGUUUAAUGAGACGACCUGUAUUGCCUAUGCCUUCUGUGGUGUUUUGUUUGGACUGUGCAGUCUGACCAACCUCACGGUGCUCUCCUGUGUCUGCUGGCUCAAGGUCUGCUGCCCAAACUAUGGUAACAAGUUCUCCUACUGCCACGCAUGCUUUCUGGUUGCUGGGGUCUGGUGCUACGCUGGAAUUUUUGCUGUAGGUCCCCUGUCGGGCUGGGGAGAGUACGGGGCCGAGCCUUAUGGUACAGCAUGCUGCAUCAACUGGUAUGCUCCAAGACAAGACUCUGCAGCUAUGAGUUACAUCAUCUGCCUCUUCGUCUUCUGCUACAUUGUGCCCUGCACUGUCAUCUUUCUGUCCUACACAUUCAUUCUGCUGACCGUCCGGGGCUCCCGCCAGGCAGUGCAGCAGCACAUGUCCCCACAGAACAAAAUCACCAAUGCACAGGCAUUUAUCAUUAAGCUUUCAGUGGCAGUUUGCAUUGGUUUCCUGACAGCAUGGAGUCCAUAUGCCAUUGUGUCCAUGUGGGCAGCAUUUGUUAACCCAACAACUGUACCACCCAUGGCUUUUGCUCUGGCAGCUAUCUUUGCCAAGUCUUCCACCCUUUACAACCCUAUUGUCUAUCUGGUCUUCAAGCCCAACUUCCGCAAGUCCCUGUGUCGGGAUGUGGCCAAGUGCAGGAUGACACUCUGUGGAUGUCUGUGUCAGGACAUCUCUGCACAGAAGGGAACUUGCACACAAUCCAGUCACAAAGAAGAGUGUAACUCAACAAGGUUCUCAAAUGGGCUGCCGGAGAACCACGGGACCUGCAGACACUGUCCUUACCCUGAAACAGCUACUGGUACCAGAAAAAACUUUACAGAAUACAGCCCCCAGCAGACUGUGAGAAUAGUUAAAGGAUCAAUACAUAAUGAAGUUGCUAUCAGUCAGCUCUCCAAUGAGUUGCAGAGUGACUUCCUGUAGAGAAUCAAACAAAGUCAGACAGUGAGAAGGUAAAUAAAAAGAGGAGUAGUGGAGAAAAAGAUGGCAAGAAUGAAGGUUUAAAGACACUAAUUGCAAGGAAAAAUGGAGUGAAAGACAAAAAGAUAAUAAUUGAAUGAAGGAAAGGAGUUUAUAACUUUAAAGGUCAAAGUUUUAAAACUCAAUUAGGUGAUACUGCCAAAAAAAAAGGCCAAGAAGUUAGAAGCCAAUAAAGGAGGAUAGGCUAGCCGAAGAGCCAACAUGCAACCACAAUAUUCAUCAGGUCAAAUUAACACACUUUAAUAGCUAUCCGAUCACUUUGACUGUGCAACAUUAAGCUUUUAUGUAUUUAUUAUGACUA